AUGUGGUUCCCUUCGACCUCUCUGUUGGUACUAUGCGUCUUCUGCAUAUUGCAAGUAGCAUUUUGCGAGGAAGAUUUUUAUAAACUCCUCGGGAUAGACAAGCAAGCCUCAGAAAAGGAUAUAAAGCGUGCAUACCGCACCCUCAGCAAGAAAUACCACCCGGACAAGAAUCCUGGAAACGACGAGGCAAAGCAAAAGUUCGUUGAGGUUGCCGAAGCCUACGAAGCCCUUGCCGACCCCGAGUCCCGCAAGAUCUAUGAUCAGUAUGGGCAUGAAGGGCUCCAGCAGCGCAAACAAGGUGGUCAAGGUGGCGGGCGUCAUGACCCGUUCGAUUUGUUUUCGCGCUUCUUCGGCGGCGGCGGUGGGGGUCACUUUAGAAACCAGGGCCAGAGACGGGGACCCGACAUGGAGGUCCGCGUUGGCGUCCCCUUGAAGGAUUUCUACAACGGCCAUACGACGGAAUUUCAGCUGGAGAAACAACAGAUUUGCGACGAGUGCGACGGGUCUGGCAGUGCGGACGGGCAGGUCGAUACGUGUAAUGUGUGUCGCGGCCAACGAGUGCAGAUCAAGAAACACAUGCUCGCCCCGGGCAUCUAUCAGCAGGUACAAGUCCCUUGCGAAGCUUGUGGAGGCCAGGGAAAGACUAUCAAGCACAAAUGUCCGGCGUGCAAAGGCCACAAGGUCAUGCGGAAAGUCAUCACCCACUCACUUGUGGUUGACAAGGGUGCGCCGAAGGGGCAGAUGAUUACAUACGAGGGCGAGGCGGACGAGAGUCCGGAUUAUGAGUCUGGUGAUCUGCACGUCACGCUUGUGGAGAAGGAGGCGAAUAUCGAUGAGGACAACGAGUUGAAGGUCGACGGGACGUUCUUCCGACGCAAGGAGCAUGAUUUGUACUGGAGGGAGGUGCUCUCGCUUAGAGAGGCCUGGAUGGGCUCUUGGACGCGUAACCUGACUCAUCUCGAUGGCCAUGUUGUCGCGCUCUCCCGAAAACGCGGAGAGGCAAUUCAGCCCGGGCAGGUCGAGCGAGUCAAGGGAGAAGGGAUGCCGAAGUGGCACGAGGAUGGCGAUAGCGUCUACCACAGUACCGAGUUCGGAGACUUGAUCGUCGAAUACCAGGUCGUGCUGCCGGAUCAAAUGGAGAGUGGCAUGGAGAAGGACUUCUGGGCGCUAUGGGAGAAGUGGAGGAAGAAGAUCGGAGUGGAUCUGCAGGAGGAUAGCGGUAGACCGCAUGAGCCUGUGUUAUCUCAAAGUGGGAAGGACGAAUUGUAA